AUGACGAAUUUAAUUCAAGAAGGUUCGAAAGUUAUUCUUUACCUUGGCUAUAAUAAUCUGCAUGUGAUCAAAGUUAAAAUAAAUGAAGUUUAUCAAACGAAAUUCGGCGCAUUGAAACAUAAUGAUUUGAUCGGCAAAGAAUUCGGCAGUAAAAUCAUAUGUGCAAAAGGUUAUGUGCAUGCAUUACCUAUAGUUCCCGAAUUAUGGACAUUGGCAUUGCCACAUCGUACACAGAUUCUUUACAUGGCUGAUAUUAGUUUGAUUUUACUUGAAUUAGAUAUUAAACCAGGCUCAAUUGUCAUUGAAGCAGGAACCGGUAGUGGAUCUUUGUCCCACUCCAUUAUUCGAGCUAUACGUCCAACUGGUCAUCUACACACAUUUGAAUUUCAUGAGCUCCGUUCGAAGUUAGCACGCAGUGAAUUUGAGGAACAUGGCCUUUCUCCAUACGUAACUGCAAAACACCGUGAUGUACUUGCGAAUGGUUUUGAACAUGAAAAUAUCGCCGAUGCAGUCUUUUUGGACUUACCAGCUCCCUGGGAUGCGGUAGAACAUGUGAUAAAAGUUCUGAAAAAAUCUGGUGGCCGCUUGUGCACGUUUUCACCAUGUAUUGAACAAGUCCAACGAACAUGUCAACGAUUACGUGCAAAUGGUUUUGAGCAAAUCAGUACUGUCGAAUGUUUACGUCGUGUACAUGAAUUCCGUUAUCAACAUCGAAGUAAAAUUCGUUUUACUGCUGAUCAAAACCAAGACCAACCGCAGCAGCAGCAAGACGAGGAAGAAGUGAAUAAUAUCAAAUCACCUAAACGAGAAUCGAUGGAGGAUGGCGAAGAAGAGGAAGAAAUUAGCACCAAUAAGAAACAAAAGAAGAAUUCGGAAUCAACGAAAAGACAAACGCCAGAAACAGUAUCAAUGUUGGUAGCAAAUGGUCCUCUGAUCAUGCCUGGUCACACCGGUUAUUUGACUUUUGCUUAUCUCAAACAAGAAUAA